GGGGCUACAAAAUAUAAUACACGGGUACAUGAAAAAUCGAUACUGGGUAUGUAUUGUGGGCCAAUACGUCAGGGUUUAGUAGGAUUUGACGUUCUUGGUUUAUGAUCAUCAUGGCCGAUUGAGAGAAUUGUAAUUAUGUGCGAUCGGACACACAAUAAAAUUAGUGUGUGUCAUUUAUAAUUGACUGUAAGCAACCUGCUCCGACGAGAAAUCUGCUGUCUAUACCUUGGACUGUGGAACCAUUCAUAAUUCAUCCAUGGUGGAACACAAACCUGACAGCAUAGAGCCACUGGAAAGUACAUGGGCCGAUCACAGAGAGAAAGCAAAUACAUGUAGAUCGUUGCUGUUUUACUAAUCUCCGGCGUUGUCUUUUCGUGGUUAUUAAACGCGACACGUCAGUGCCGUGUUUCGGACCGUUAUCUCGGCGGUUGCUCGGUAAUCGAGGAGUCCUAGGAUUGCAGUGUCGCCCGGCCACCCUUUGUAUGCUCAGUGAAAGUACCGUCGUUGCUACCCUCGGGUCACUUCAGCUUUGAUACCAAACAGGCCUUGGACUUUUUGUGAUGUUUGCGACUGGAGUAAACUCUUAAAUAAAUCUCCCUCGAUGUUUGAAGGACGAAUAAUGUGUUUCAUGUUACACCAGCACGAAAAUCUCUACCUGUUUUGGGGCAUUAACUGACAGCCAUAGUUGCGAAGGCUGACCGUGGCUAAAGUGGCCUAUAAGAGUGUACUGCGCCUGAUGAUGACAGCCUGAAUAUUGUACAUUCAUUCCGUUGGAGACGUCUAGCUGUAGCCGUAUUGCUACUGUGCAAACUCCAUCUGGUGGAUAUCCAAGCUGGGACAGGUUCUUUAGAUGCGAACAUCUCUGUCCUUACUCUAUGGUGCGAAGAACUGUUCAGAAACUGAAACUGUUCACCAAGUCUUGUUUCAACCGCACAAAGAAAGAACAACACAUUGUUUUUCACGGCAUGAAUAACCACACUUUAUAUACAGGUUGAAAUUCCAGCGAAACCAUCCUGUCUUCUAUUCAUCCAUUAUGAGUUGUUGUUGGCCACAGAAACAGACUUGACAGUAUUUGCUAGAUUUUCUGUCUGUAUCCGUACGCUGUGCAGAAACAAAUAGGAGUCAUAAACUCAAAUUUGUGUUUGUAUUUGUAUUUUUUAUAGAUAAAUACUCAUAUUUUGUGUGACAAUCAGCAUUAUUAACUUUCUAAACCAUGUCCUCAACAAAGCAAUAUAGUGACAGGGCCACAUCGGCCGGUUACCGAUUCCCUGUUUCCCGUAUAUCCAGUGCGUACCACAAGAAGUGCGUCCCAGCCGAGAAGGAGCGGCCGUCCGGUAGCCACUCUGCGCCCCCUGCACGCACCAAGACCUACUCGGACGCCGACUACGAGAAAUGCGACGCCGUGACCGGGGACAGGAUAUGGAGGGAGUCGGUGGGAAGGGAACACGCUGGGGUGCAAAAGUGGGAGGAAGGAUGGGGCUUCCUGAAAGAUUAUGAUCAAAAGGGGAACUUGAAGAAGAAAGAGGAGCGACCGGACAAUCUGACUCGUUUCUCAGCAAAGGUCCCCAACACCGCCAACCAGGCCCUCGGUCAUCGGCAGUCUACGGGAGCAGCAAAGGCUAUGGUACAACUACAACAUCAACUCAGCAUAGGACACCAGAAGAAACACAAUAAAGAACUCGUAUACGGAGCCGACUGAGUGAACUCUAUUAUUACAGUCUGGUGGCCCGUAGAAUCAAUGUAUGAUGACUGUGCGCGGGUCGUGAUCCCUGACGUCAUGUUGUCACAACAUUCGCGUGAAAGUUGUAAUUGCAUAUUGCGCGUGUGUGCACCAACACCAUUGGUUGGCAAACAUUAUGGAAUUCACGCCGUUUGUACAAACUCGUGCAUGAAGACCGAUGUUAGUGGACACUAAGGCAGUGGACACUAUUGGUAAUUGUCAAAUACUAGCCUUCACAGUUGGUGUAUCUC